AAGUGUCAAGCUGCUGGGUGGCGCUGGUUUGCCCAUGGAAACCAAGCGCGGAUAGUGCGUGACUCCUUGUUCAGCCGACAGCACAAGUAGCCGCUCUACUCCGUUCCUUUCAGACAGAGUCGGUACACGUUUAGCAGCAAAAGCUUUUCCCUUCAAUUGUAAUUCCCCAUCCUUCCCUGGUUUUAUUUUCUUCCCCUAUUUGUCCCAGUCAUGGCGGCGAGUGCGAAAAGAAAGCAGGAGGAGAAACACCUGAAGAUGCUGAGAGAAAUGACGAGUUUGCCUCCCAACAGAAAGUGCUUUGACUGCGAUCAGCGCGGCCCAACCUAUGCCAACAUGACGGUGGGGUCUUUCGUCUGCACCUCCUGCUCUGGCAUACUACGAGGGCUGAACCCACCCCACAGAGUGAAGUCCAUCUCCAUGACGACCUUCACGCUACAGGAAAUCGAGUUCCUCCAGAAACACGGCAAUGAGUCAUGUAAACAGAUAUGGCUGGGGCUUUACGACGACAGAACGGCCUCCAUACCGGACUUCAGAGAACCCCAGAAAGUCAAGGAGUUCCUUCAGGAGAAAUACGAGAAGAAGAGAUGGUUUGUUCCCCCGGAGCAGGCCAAAGUGGUGGCUUCGGUCCACGCCUCAAUCUCAGGCUCGUCAGCCAGCAGCACCAGCAGCACCCCCGAAGUCCGACCGCUCAAAACACUGCUGGGGGAGUCCGCCCCCACCCUGCACCUCAACAAGCACACACCCAGUCAGUCUCCGGUGGGGAGUCGUGCGGCCCAGGCCCUCCAGCUGAGCCAGCAGCAGCAGUUCCACGACAAGAAGUUUGACCUCCUCAGCGACCUGGGCGGAGACAUUUUCGCCGCUCCGUCCCACUCGCAGACGGCAGCAGGCUUGGCAGCCAACUUUGCUAACUUUGCACAUUUCAACAGCCACCCAGCUGCUCAGAACGCAAACACAGACUUUGCUAACUUUGAUGCGUUUGGGAACGCGGGUCCAUCGGGUGCUGUCCCCUCGGCACCCCAAGCCCCCUUCCAGACCUCACAUACAGCGUUCACGUCCCUCUCAUCCAGCCGCAGUGUGGGUGAGUUUGCCACCGCUGGCUCUGCUCUCCCUCACCCGGGUGCAGGUGCUCACAGAGGUAGUGUCCCUAGCGGGGUUCCAGGCUCUCUCCCCCCGGUGACGUCGGCAGGACUGCGUCACCCCCAGAGCCAGCUGACGGGUACGUCUGCGGCAGACCGCUACGCCGCGCUGGCCGAGCUGGACAACGUGUUCGGCUCGUCAGCCCCCGCCACCAGCGUCUACAACACCAUCAGCACUUCUAAAGGGGGGAUGUUUGGCACUGUGACAGGAGUCUCGUCAGCCCAAGCACAACAAUGUAUGUCCAGCAUGCCCCAGGGUUUUGGAGGUCCGUCAACAAACCCCUUUGCUGCUGCAGCGGUUGCCCCGGCGAUAGCCACCACCAACCCCUUCCAGAGCAACGGGAGAGCAGCGGCUAUUGCAGCAGCAGACCUGUUGGGGGCUCUGCAUGGGCAGGGUUACCCUCCAGCUCACUUUGCCACGUUUGGCACAGGGUCCAUGAGCAUGCCAGCCGGAUUCAGGAACACUGCUACCUACAACCUCCCCACCAGCUUCAGUGGGACCUUCCAACAGCCAUUCCCAGGCCAGGGCCCCUUCCCCCAGCCUCCGGCCUAUCCCCAGCAACCCAACGGAGGGGGGUUUUCAGCCUAUGGACAGGCCAAGGCUGUGGUGACCCCCUUUGGGCAGGCGAUGGCUGCACCCGGGGUCUCUAGUAACCCUUUCUUGGCGGGCGCCCCUUCAGGACACUACCCCUCAGGAAGCUCUUCAACGAAUCCUUUCUUAUAGCACUGCUCCACCUGAACUCCACCACUAGGGUGUUGUCAACUGGCGUGCACCGCUCUCACCUCUUGCACUGGUAUUUUGUAUUAAGUGACGUAACUGACACCGUCCAUGGCAACAAAAAACAAAACAAGUUAAAGGUGUGUAGAGGGAAGGGGGGGUGGUGUUAGGGGUGGCAGGAAGCCUAGCUGUUAAGAGCGUUGGGCCAGUAACCGAAAGGUCGCUGGUUUGAAUCCCUGAACUGACUAGGUUAAAAAUAUGUCUGUGCCCUUGACCAAGGCACUUAACCCUAAUAGCUCCUCCUGUAAGUUGCUCUGGAUAAGAGGGUCUGCUAAAUGACUCACAUAUAAAUGUCUUAAAGGGGCUGAGUUUCCUCUCGUCCUCCAUCUAACCUGUGAUCUGGCCCGACCUCAGCUGAGCCAAAAGUAUAUUCAAACUGGCUGAUACUAAGUUAUUGCAAAAUAUUCCCAUUCAUUACGCUGCAAUUCUGUAAAUAUUUUUUUCUUAGAGGAAAUUAGCUCUGUGCAUAUCAGUAUUUGUAUCUUUAACACGAGUUUAAGGCAGAACUGUUACUUGGAAAAUCUUAGAGGACUACUGUGAGUUACUGUAUUUGUAUAGAAGAACCAAAAGCGGUUUGUACAGCGUGGUAUCGGUAGGACUAUUUUUACAGAGAAUAAGAGGUGAACAUGCGUUUCAUCAUUUGUUACAGAAGAGGGGGAGGAGUCUCUCUCUUCUGUGAUUGGCCUCGAGGGCAGAGACUCCACCUGGAAGGGGAUGGGCUCUCACCUGUCCUGCUGUCCAAGUGGUUUACCACAAUAUAGACUGAAUACCACUGAUGUUGGGUGUUAAAGACAUUUAAGUUAAUGUGUAUAUAUAUUAAAAUGAAUUUUAACUAAAAAGAAUGACCAAACCAUGUCUUUGUAUUGCUGCACUGUACAUCUCCAUUUUCAUAUAUUGAAAUAUUUUUGAUAUACUGUAUAUAAAAAGAUUUCUAUCACGAUGAA